CGGGAUGAGAGAUGGAGAUUCAGUUCUCUGCAUAAUAUUUUCGGUUCAGUUGUUCUGACAUAAUUUUAAAGCACUCGGACAAAAAAACCCGGAAAUUUCGAUUUCAUUUAUUUAGUGUUUCAAAGUCACGCUACAAAUUAUCCCGCGAACCCAAAACGACAUUCGACUUCUCUCAGAACUAUGAGUGAGAACAGUUCAUCUGAUCCUCCCAACAGCACUCAGGGGCCCACCACAGAUAAAAAAGCCCCCCAGGAGAAACCGGUGGACCCUAUGCAAGAACCUGAAGAAGAGAUUGACAUUGAUCUGGAUGCACCAGAGACGGAAAAGGCAGCUUUGGCAAUACAGAGUCAGUUCAGACGCUUCCAAAAGAAAAAGAAGUAGAAAAGGGAAGUAUGAACGAAAGGAUCAGUGCAGAGGACAAAAAAGCCUUCUGCAAUAUUCGAAAUGGAAAGAGAUUUAAUAAGGAACAAACAGAGAAAAGGGAAAAGCCAAGUGUGGGUGGGAAAUUAGGGGUUUGGAAAACAAAUGAUAGCCCUGUGGCAUCAACAUGCUGGGUUGAAUAGAGUUUAGGACAUAAGAAUAGAGAAGGAUUUUCACAUUAAAAGACAUUGCAGAUUUUAUUCUCGUUGUAUUUGUCUAGAUUUGUCUCAAUCCUUUCUCUCCUCUCCUGUAGACAUAAAUAUAGGUAGGAACGUGUUAUUGACAUACGCAACACACAUCUAUAAUUUAAUACAGUAUAUUUAGUAUAUCAUCAAUGCAAAAUGUAAUUUAUAUAAAUGCAAGAAUUCAAAGGGCGGUAAUGACCAAAUGGUGCACUGCACCUACAGUAAAACAUGCUGGUGUGAAUUAGCAUAGAUAUGAAGUAGAUUAGUUGUAAAUGUAUUCUUAGAGGUAGCUCUUAAUUGUUUUG